AUGAGAGCAAACAACAUCAUAGUAUAAGAGGAACCGAAGCAAAAUGCCUUAGUUGGGUUUUUUAACACGUUGAAGUCCCUUAUCAAAUGCGAAUGUUUCAAAUAGUAAGAGGAAUUUUAAUUUAACAGAUUUAUGCCUAUGACCUAUAAUUAAAAGCCAAUAGCAAUUCCAAAACAAUCCCUUUAACAUAUGGGUAGAAAGACAUUGGUGAUCGAUUUGGAUGAAACUUUGGUUCAUAGUUCUUUCAAUUAUAUUUCAGAUCCGGAUUUUAUUUUGAAGGUUUGAAUUAUGUUUAUUAAGAGAUAAAAGUAAUGAAUGCAAAUUAUACAAUUUAUGUUAGAAUAAGGCCUGGUGCUGAAGAAUUCCUCAUAAAAAUGGCUGAAUUUUAUGAAAUCUUUAUAUUUACAGCUAGUAUUUGUGAAGUAUGUUAUUAAAUUUAUUUGAGUAUGCAAACCCUGUGAUAGAUAGGAUAGAUUAGAAGGGAGUUUGUGCUUUGAGGUUGUUCAGGCCGAAUUGUUCAAUAUUGAAUGGAGUCUUUGUGAAAGAUUUAUCGAAAUUGCAGAGAUCAAUAAACAACAUAAUAAUAAUAGAUAAUACCCACACUUCUUUUUCUCUAUAACCUAAGAAUGCUAUACAUAUAAAAAAUUACUUUGAUGACCCAAGUGACACUGAAUUAUUGGAUUUAAUACCGUUUUUAUAAUUGCUUAGUACAUUUGAUGAUGUGAGACCAGUAGGGGAAUAUUGGAAACAGUACAUCAGAUCAGAGAAGAUCAGGUAUACUAGAAAUGGAGAGUCAUAUGUUUAUGAUAGGAAUCGCAAUGAAUCAUAUGAUGUAUAGAAUGAUGAUAAUGAAUUAGGAAGUAGACCCUAUUAAUUAGACCAUCGAUUAAGCCAAGGAUGACCAGACGUUGUUGGGAAAGUAGCAAUUGAAACUGUAGACGAAUUUUGCAAUUGAUUAUGAUGAGGUGAAUGAUAUCACAGAGAAUGACGAAGAAAUCUAAUUUAGGAAUGAAUAGGGAAUUAACUCUCCGAAUUUAAACAAAUAGCAUUUUAAUGAAAUGGAUUAGAGUGAUUAAAAUUUAUGA